UAACAAACCCACCCCAAAACCGAUUAAGAUAACUCUGAUUAGCCAAUUCAAGCUGCAGUUUUUGCACAAAUAGUUGAUAAAGAAAAUCUGUAAAAUGUCUGCUUAUCCCAGUGCUUCCGCCUCCCAGUCCACAGGAACUUCGGACCUGGACACAGAAUCCGUGGAGGUUUUGCGGGAGCGGCUCAGCACCAUGAAGCGGCUGAUGGCCGAGCGGACGUCCCAGCAGCAGAACAACCCGGCGACCACGGAGGAGAUAUUCUCCACCAAGCGCCAUCGAUCGGCGGGCAUUAUUGACGGCAACUUCCUGAGCAUCGCCUUUGGCGGGGCUCUGUUGGUCAUUAUCACGGUUUCGGUGUACGCUUUCUACAAUCUCUACCAUGCCAUACUCAAGAAGUUCCCAUCUCGCACGAGGAGCUUUCGAUAG